AUGUAUAGAUUAUGUAAAAUUAAUUUACCAAAUUCAUUAAUAUCUGGAAAAUUACUAGUAAAUAAUUCAUAUUCACUUUGUUAUUGGAGAAGCAUAAACCGUACUCGCUCUAUUAUUUACGGAAAUUCUAGAAGCUUCAGUUCAGGUUUGAAUGAAAAUAAUAACCACGAAUCAAGUAAAAAGGAAGAUUCCUUACUUGAUUUGCUGGUAGAAUUGAAUUAUUCUGGUAAAAAGAAGUAUUCUCCAAGCUAUAAACUGAGAUUGCUGUACAAUAUAAUAACUAAUGAUAAAAACGAUGAAGUCACAUACUCUUCACAUGUUUCAAACAUUCUCCUGCAACUAUGGAAGUCACGAGGAAUGUUGAAUAACAGUGAACUAUCACUUUUUGAUAAAAUAUGCUACGAAUUAUCGGAAAAAAUAUGGACCGUUAUGCCAAAUAGGACAAACACACUGCCAGACAGGUUGUAUUAUAGUCAAUUUAAGUACGAAUUGAGGAAACUUAACGAUGAAAUAUUGAAUCCGACACCAGAGCAGUAUCAGAAGAAGCAAAAUUUAAUAGACCACCUGACGCCAAUAUUUAAAUCGACAAUAGACGGAAAGUUAUACACGUUCGGAUCAUGCGAUAAUGGACUAUGGAGCAGAGGAAGUGAUAUUGAUUUAUGCCUAGUGGUACCAAACUGCGAUUCAAAAAGAUAUAUGCUAUCAAAGUUAAAUUUGAUAAAAUCGUGUUUAUCAAACAGUGAUAUCAUAUCGAAGAUAUCAAUCAUAUCAGCAAGAGUGCCAAUAGUAAAGUUGUACGAUAUGGAUAAUAAUAACCUGUGCGACAUAAGCAUAAACAACACAGUGGCUUUACUAAACUCAGAAUAUGUGAAAACAAUGUGUAACAUAGAUAGCAGAGUGGUAACAAUGGGAAGAUUCAUUAAGUACUGGGCAACGUGUAGAAAAAUAAAUAACAGAGCUGAGGGAACAAUGUCGUCGUACACACUGAUACUCCAGCUGUUUUACUAUUUGCAAAACAGAGAUCCACCAAUAAUACCAACAUUAAAAGAAAUUGAAAUAAAUGAAAGGAAUGGAGACAAUAUUGAAUCGAAUGACAGCGAAAAGAGUGAACAUAGCGAAGAUAUCCAGUCCAUCAAUGACAAUGUUAAUCACAUCAUAUCACAGGAGUAUAACUAUUUAAGAGAUCCUAAGGAGAUUAGGAGUAAAUGUGACUAUUUGAAUAAAAAUGAAGAGGACGUGAUCGAUUUACUGUUUGGAUUCUUUGAAUUCUACUCACACCCAAUGUUCUCAGGUGGAAUGACCUGCAGUACCAUAGAUAUGUACACCAACGAAGUCACCGAAAAUGAAAACGGCUCACUGAUAGUUAAGUGUCCACUGUCAAAGAAGAACGUUAACCCGUUUACGAUUAGAAUGUGGCAGUCGAUAUACAGCGAGUUUAAGCGCGCGAACGACCUGAUAAGGUUGAAGCAGCCACUAAGUACUAUUUGCCAGGAGAUGCACCUACCGCCUCUGGAGUUACAAAUGCAGCAGCAUCAAAUAAAUCAGCAGAAAUUACUGGGACUAUUCAAAUAA